GCCGCGGAGGUGCAUGCAGAGUCCGGGGCGGCGCCUGCCUCUUCAACGCCAACAUCGCCGCGGUCACCUCUCAGGAACCAGGGUCUGCACACCGCCGCGGCCGCGGCCACCGCCACCACCAGAUCGGGAUUAUCUGCGCAUCACACAUCACAGCCUGGCGCGCCACUAAAAAACCGCGCGUCUUAACCCCAGUCCGGCUCACCACAGCAGCAGCACACCCGCAUCCCGUGCCCUCACAUCCAUCUGCUAGAGUGUUGGACUACCAGCCACAGAAUGCGCCGGAAAACACCAAAAAUUUAUUCUGUGGAGCUCAAUGGAACUAAAGAUGUCAAUCAGAUCGACCAGAGAGACGACACGAAGUUCAAGGGGGUGAAGGACAAGGACUCGGAACCCAAUAAGAGUCAUGAGAAAGAGGAGCUGAAGAAAGAACUUGAUCUGGAUGACCACAGACUCAGUAAUACAGAAUUGGAACAGAAAUAUGGCACAAACAUCAUUCGGGGUCUCUCCAGUAUCAAAGCUGCAGAGCUCCUGGCUCGGGACGGGCCCAAUGCCCUCACCCCUCCCAAGCAGACUCCAGAGAUCAUCAAGUUCCUCAAGCAGAUGGUGGGGGGCUUCUCCAUCCUUUUGUGGAUAGGUGCUAUCUUGUGCUGGAUCGCAUAUGUGAUCCAGUAUGUCAACAAUUCUGCAUCCCUCGACAGUGUCUACUUGGGUGCCAUACUUAUCCUGGUCGUUAUUUUAACGGGAAUUUUCGCUUAUUACCAAGAAGCCAAAAGCACCAACAUCAUGGCCAGCUUUAGUAAGAUGAUCCCCCAGCAAGCUCUUGUCAUCCGAGAUUCAGAAAAGAAGAUCAUUCCUGCGGAGCAACUGGUGGUGGGGGACGUUGUGGAGAUUAAAGGAGGGGACCAGAUCCCCGCAGACAUCAGACUGGUGUCUUCCCAAGGGUGCAAAGUAGAUAAUUCCUCUCUCACUGGGGAAUCUGAACCCCAGGCUCGUUCAACUGAGUAUACCCAUGAAAACCCUUUGGAAACAAAGAACAUAGGCUUCUAUUCCACAACGUGCCUGGAAGGUAAGGCCAGCUGGCUCUCAAGGGUGCAUGCCUCACCUCUGUAUCAGCUCUCCCUCCUGGGCCCGAGGUUUGUGUCUCUCCAGCGCCUUGCCGUAAAGCUCUCCCAGAAGAAAUGCCGAGUGGAGGGGACCAGAGAACCAAUGCUAGCCUUUGAGUUGCCAUGCGCGGGCUCACUGCGCUGGCCAACAGAGACGGCCGGGAGCAGGAAGCCUGGAGUCAAAUCUCUUCUUUCCCUUGUAGGCACGGCGACUGGCGUUGUCAUCAGCACGGGCGACCGCACCAUCAUUGGUCGCAUUGCCUCCUUGGCCUCCGGUGUUGGAAGUGAGAAGACACCCAUCGCCAUUGAGAUCGAGCACUUUGUCCAUAUCGUGGCAGGGGUGGCCGUCUCCAUUGGCAUCAUUUUCUUCAUCAUCGCCGUGUGCAUGAAGUACUAUGUCCUCGAUGCCAUCAUCUUCCUCAUUAGCAUCAUUGUGGCCAAUGUACCUGAAGGCCUCCUGGCCACUGUCACUGUCACCCUGUCACUGACAGCGAAGCGGAUGGCUAAGAAGAACUGCCUGGUGAAGAACCUGGAGGCAGUGGAGACCCUGGGCUCCACCUCCAUCAUCUGUUCAGACAAGACCGGGACCCUGACCCAGAACAGGAUGACUGUGGCUCACCUGUGGUUUGACAAUCAGAUCUUUGUGGCUGAUACAAGCGAAAACCAGACAAAACAAGCCUUUGACCAAAGCUCUGGAACCUGGGCUUCUUUGUCCAAGAUAAUAGCACUGUGUAACCGAGCAGAGUUCAGGCCGGGUCAGGAGAGCGUCCCCAUCAUGAAGAGAAUUGUGGUCGGAGAUGCCUCAGAAACUGCUCUUCUAAAAUUCUCAGAGGUUGUUUUGGGCGAUGUGAUGGAAAUUAGAAAAAGAAACCACAAAGUAGCCGAAAUUCCUUUUAAUUCUACCAACAAAUUUCAGCUCUCCAUACAUGAGACAGAGGAUCCUAAUGACAAACGCUUCCUCAUGGUGAUGAAGGGGGCUCCCGAGAGAAUCUUAGAGAAGUGCAGCACCAUCAUGAUCAACGGCCAGGAGCAGCCACUGGACAAGAGCUCUGCCGACGCCUUCCACACCGCCUACAUGGAGCUGGGAGGCCUGGGCGAGCGUGUGUUGGGUUUCUGUCACCUCUACCUGCCAGCAGAUGAAUUUCCCCAAACCUACACAUUUGAUGUAGACAACAUAAACUUUCCCACUUCCAACCUCUGCUUUGUGGGGCUUCUGUCCAUGAUCGAUCCCCCUCGGUCCACUGUCCCGGAUGCAGUUACCAAAUGUCGGAGUGCAGGCAUCAAGGUUAUUAUGGUUACAGGAGAUCAUCCUAUCACAGCCAAAGCCAUUGCCAAAAGCGUGGGAAUCAUAUCCGCCAACAAUGAGACCGUGGAAGACAUUGCAAAACGCCGAGGUAUCCCUGUGGAGCGAGUCAACAAAAGAGAAGCUAAAGCCGCUGUGGUGACCGGCAUGGAACUGAAGGACAUGACCCCAGAACAACUAGAUGAGCUUUUAAUCAACUACCAAGAAAUCGUAUUUGCUCGGACAUCGCCCCAGCAGAAGUUGAUCAUCGUGGAGGGCUGUCAGAGGCAGGAUGCAGUUGUGGCUGUGACAGGAGAUGGAGUGAACGACUCUCCGGCCCUCAAGAAGGCAGACAUCGGGAUUGCUAUGGGAAUAGCGGGCUCUGAUGCUGCUAAAAAUGCAGCGGACAUGGUCUUGCUGGAUGACAACUUUGCAUCCAUAGUCACGGGGGUGGAGGAAGGUCGCCUGAUCUUUGACAACCUGAAGAAGACCAUUGCCUACACCCUGACCAAGAACAUUGCUGAGCUCUGUCCCUUUUUGAUCUACAUCGUUGCUGGGCUCCCCCUGCCCAUUGGCACCAUUACUAUUCUAUUCAUCGACCUGGGCACAGACAUUAUUCCCUCCAUUGCCUUGGCCUAUGAGAAAGCUGAAAGUGACAUUAUGAACAGGAAGCCUCGCCACAAGAAGAAGGACAGACUGGUGAACAGGCAGCUUGCCAUCUACUCUUACCUGCACAUUGGUCUCAUGCAAGCCCUGGGAGCUUUCCUCGUGUAUUUUACUGUCUACGCACAGCAGGGCUUUUGGCCCACCUCUCUCAUCAACCUGAGGGUAGCAUGGGAAACAGAUGAUAUAAAUGAUUUGGAAGACAGCUAUGGGCAGGAAUGGACAAGGUAUCAGAGAAAAUACCUAGAAUAUACAGGCUACACAGCUUUCUUCGUGGCCAUCAUGGUCCAACAAAUUGCAGAUCUAAUCAUCAGGAAAACCCGGAGGAAUUCCAUCUUCCAGCAAGGACUCUUCAGAAAUAAAGUCAUCUGGGUGGGGAUUGCCUCACAGAUCAUUGUGGCACUGAUCCUCUCCUAUGGUCUCGGGAGUGUAACAGCCCUGAGUUUUACCAUGCUCAGGGUUCAGUACUGGUUUGUGGCUGUACCCCAUGCCAUUUUGAUUUGGGUGUACGAUGAGAUGCGAAAACUCUUCAUCAGGCUCUACCCUGGAAGCUGGUGGGAUAAGAACAUGUAUUACUGAGGCCACGUCACUCACAGGCAUCCCAGCGGUGUCUCAGAGAUGGUCUUCUUCACGUCUGGCUACUCCCUAGGAGAUCGCUGCACAAUGUGAACACUGUUGAACCCCAUACAAGAGGGACUUUCCUAGAGAAAACUGUAUGAAGCUUGUUUCGUAUUUAAAGCUGAGAUUUAACUGUUUAUAUAGAAUUUUCAUUGCUAUGUGUGCCUUCUUAUUUUAAAUUAUGUGAAAUUCAGAGAGCAGCACAGAGAAGAAUAUAUGUAUAUAAAACU